ACGAACAGAAGUCGAUUAGUCGUUGAUGAAAAAACAGUGCGAUAUCGAUUGUCAUAGUCGACUACACUGUUACACACGAUGGACGUGUGGUUUUUAAUAGUAGGCUAAUUUGGAAAUGUUCGAAGUGUCUGUAAAUCGUGGUCCGAAACGUUAGUGCAUAGUGGUUGUUGAUUCAAACGUAUUCGCGUGGAUUCUUCUGUUGAUCGAGUGAAAGAAUUUCGUGUACAGCAUGCCGCAGUUUCAUAAAAUUGAAAUAAAUAGGACGGAGUGGGAGGUUCCGGAACGAUAUCAAAUGCUAACUCCAGUGGGAUCGGGGGCUUACGGUCAAGUGUGUUCAGCAGUUGAUAUAACAACUGGACACAAGGUAGCGAUCAAAAAGUUAGCCAGACCAUUCCAGUCAGCUGUACAUGCUAAGCGAACAUAUAGAGAGCUUAGGAUGUUGAAACACAUGAAUCAUGAAAAUGUAAUUGGUCUAUUAGAUGUAUUUCAUCCAUCUUCCUCUUUGGAAGACUUUCAGCAGGUAUAUUUAGUUACGCAUCUAAUGGGUGCAGAUCUCAAUAACAUUGUAAGGACCCAAAAGCUUUCUGAUGACCAUGUACAGUUUCUUGUAUAUCAAAUCCUUCGAGGUCUUAAAUACAUACAUUCUGCGGGUAUAAUACAUAGGGAUUUGAAGCCUUCCAACAUAGCUGUAAAUGAGGAUUGUGAACUAAAGAUUUUAGAUUUUGGAUUAGCCAGGCCCACUGAGAAUGAAAUGACUGGGUAUGUUGCCACAAGAUGGUACAGGGCUCCAGAAAUCAUGCUUAAUUGGAUGCAUUACAAUCAAACAGUUGACAUAUGGUCAGUCGGAUGUAUAAUGGCCGAAUUAUUAACAGGAAGAACAUUAUUUCCUGGUACAGAUCAUAUACAUCAACUGAACUUAAUAAUGGAAAUUUUGGGUACUCCACGAGACGAGUUCAUGCAAAAAAUUUCAUCCGAGUCGGCAAAGAAUUAUAUACAGAGUUUACCACCUUUGAAGAAGAAAAACUUUAAAGAAGUUUUCAGAGGGGCUAAUCCUUUAGCCAUAGAUUUACUUGAGUUAAUGCUGGAAUUGGACGCAGAGAAACGAAUCACAGCCGAACAAGCUUUAGCUCACCCAUAUCUUGCUCAGUACGCGGAUCCAUUGGAUGAACCAGAGUCGCUUGCAUAUGAUCAAAGUUUCGAGGACAUGGACUUACCAGUUGAAAAAUGGAAAGACCUCGUUUAUCACGAAGUUGUAACGUUUGAACCGCAGCAACUACCUACAUGUUCAACCGUUGAACCUGUUUCAUAAAGCCAUGUCAGUAGCAUAAAUAAUAUAGACGUAAGCAUAGUAAGAUAAACUUAACAAGAAACAAUUACAGAAGAAAAAAAAUAUAUAUAUAUAUUUGUUAUAUACAAAAUCGUCAUUGUAUAUAAUGUUACAUAAGUAAUAGUAUAGUUAAUCAUAUGAGCCUGUACGUAAUGAAGGCAGAAUGUAUAUUUUUGUUAAUGAUGUACGAUAGACGAAACAUUAAUAUUUUUCACUCUACACACAUAGAUCGUUUUAAAAUGUAAAUCUAUGGAACGUAGGUAUUCAUGGACAUACAUGAACAUUUUAUUAUGUUUCCAUGAACUUAGAUGCUUUGAAGCUACAACAAUGCCACUAGAAUUAGUACAUGAAUAUUUUUUAAAUAAACAGAGUAAUAUUUUUCAUUAAAUGAGAUACCUCGUAGUGCAAAAAAUGUAACACUAGCUUCAAAGCAUUAAAUUUUGUUUAAAUAUAUUGCUGGUUCUAGUCGGUAACGGAAAACCUGUUAGAUCAAAUUUAAUAUUAAAAUUCAUUUUACUAUAUCAUGCACAAAUAAUUUAAAAUCAUGUCGCGUAUAUGAUAAUAUAUAAUUAGAAUAAUGCUUUUAACAACAAAAAUGGCCGAAUAAAUUUUUUGAUCUUUGCAUAUUGUUUAUUUCUCGUAAUAUUGAACGGGUAGUUUUGGUGAAAACUAUUUAAUAAAUACUGGAUGCAUAAA